AUAUUCCAUCACCACCAACACCUUCAUCCACUUCUUCGCCUGGAACGACGGGAUUUUCUACAAAAAUCGGAUUUUUUCUCUAUGUCAGUUUAAUUGAUGUAUAAUUCCGAAAAGUCAGUCUUUCCUAGGUUUUUAAAUUGAAACAUUUCAGAUAUUCCAUCACCACCAAUACCUUCAUCCACUUCUUCGCCUGGAACGACGGGAUUUUCUACAAAAAUCGGAUUUUUUCUCUAUGUCAGUUUAAUUGAUGUAUAAUUCCGAAAAGUCAGUCUUUCCUAGGUUUUUAAAUUGAAACAUUUCAGAUAUUCCAUCACCACCAACACCUUCAUCCACUUCUUCGCCUGGAACGACGGGAUUUUCUACAAAAAUCGGAUUUUUUCUCUAUGUCAGUUUAAUUGAUGUAUAAUUCCGAAAAUUCAGUCUUUCCUAGGUUUUUAAAUUGAAACAUUUCAGAUCGUCCACCACGUCCACCAUCUUCAUCAGCUUCUUCGUCUCCAGCUCCUGGAUCUGCCAAAACCCCUAUUUUUUUUUCUUGGUCAGUCAGAUUUAUGUAAAAAUCCGAAAAGUCAGCCUUCCCUAGGUUUUUAAAUUAAAACAUUUCAGAUAUUUCAUCACCACCAACAUCUUCAUCAACUUCUUCAUCUCGAACUCCUGGAUUUCCUACAAAAAUCGGAUUUUUUUCUCUUGGUCAGUCAGAUUUAUGUAAAAGUCCGAAAAUUCAGUCUCCCCUAGGUUUUUAAAUUGGAAAAUUUUCAGAUAGUCCACCUCCACCGCCUUCUUCAUCCACUUCUUCGUCUCGAACUCCUGGAUUUUGCAGAAAAGGGCGACCCACCUCCACUGCACAAAAUGCGUCCGCUCUCUUAAUAACUUUGUUAAUAUUUAUUUUUUUUAAGUUUAAUUAUAAUAAACUUUUUCCGAGGAGUGGCCCUCAUGAUAUUUUGUAGUCUUAUCUGUGAUUUUUGGAAUCAUUUUUGGUUAAAAAUUUUCUUCCAAAAUUUACAAAUUCAGUGCGAAACGAUCAAUUUUCCAUACAAAAAUAUUGGAGGCAUGAAAAAACUAAAUUUGAAUGCGCGCGAAAAAAGUGUUCAAUGGAGCGCGUUUACUCGUCGAGCACUUCGGGAAGAGGGGGU